AUGGCAAACGUCUCGAUCACAUUGUCAGACUCUGAUGAAAAGUUCAUCCUACACGCAUUAGAAGUCAUCCAUCCCAAUCUAAGAUUAGAGUCCAUCACGGGAACAGCAGCGGUAGAAGAUGGCGCAAACAUGAUGGGGGUCGUUUCAAGAGUGAGGGUCCUAGGAUGUGACCUUGACACUGGAAUCAAGAUGGAUCUAAGUCUGAUAAUGAAGCGACUACCUGAGUCGAUGGAAAGAAGAGAAUUGUUCCUCUGCGAUGCAGCGUUCCAAAAUGAAGCGAAUUUCUACAGAGAGGUGGUUCCUAGGUUAGGAGAUCACACCGAGCUGCCGUUUCCAAGAAGUCUCCUGGCUGCUGAUGACGUCAUUGUUCUCCAGGAUCUACGCCAAGAGGGGUUUACAAUGGCUGACCGUAGAAGCGGCAUGGACCUUGAUCAUUGUUUAAUAGUUAUGCAGGAACUCGGAAGAUAUCACGCAGUGUCCUACGCGAUGAAGCACCUACGACCCGAUGAGUUCCAAAAGGUGAGCUCUUCCCUCAAGGAGGUAUUCAUCCACAAAGGAAACACUUUACUGAUAGGAUGUAUAGACCAUUGCGUUGGCAUGGCUCUGAAAGCUGCCAAAGAUCAGGAUGCUACAGUUAUUGAACGACUAAAUAGCUAUAUUGGGAAAGGAAUAGAUUCAUUAACACCUCACGUAAUUCCUAAGGAACCACUUGCUGUGAUCUGCCACGGAGACUUCCACAGCAACAACAUUCUCUUUCGAUAUACUGAAAACAACAACAAACCUAUUCAAGCUGCCUUUGUCGAUUUGCAAGGCUGUAGAUAUGCGUCUCCAGCUAUUGAUAUUCUAUACUUCAUUUUCUCCAGUAGCUCUUCUGGCGUGUUGAAGAAUCAUUUUGUUUCAUUGGUGUCUACAUACCAAAAUUCCCUGGAGAGCCAUCUAGGAAGCAUUGCUCCUUCCGCUAAAGUUCCAUCGUUCGAUGAGGUUAUGUUUGAGGUUAAGAAGAGAUUGGACUAUGGAUUGGUCAUGUCUCUCCUGAUGCUUCCGAUGGUGUCAGCUGAUAAAGUUACUUUCGACCUUGACAAAGUCAGCGAAGAGACGAUGUCAGAAGUUCAGCAAAAUGUGGAGAAGAACAUGGUCAACGAAGAGUACCAUCGUCGGGUCAAUGAUCUUCUGCAGCUCAUUGCUAAAGAGAAGCUGUUGGCACGUCACACACUGGGUCCGCUCAGUUCAGUCCGCUCAGCUCAGUCCGUUCCGCAAAUUUCAAAAAUCAUGUAUUCAAAUGUAGAGCCGCACUCUGGGUCCGCUCAGUUCAGUCCGUUCAGUCCGCUCCGUCCGUCUCAGCCAGUUUUCGGUUGGCGAGCGAUUUGGGCGGAAGCGACGGAAGGAACGGAGGUGCCGUGCAUGCGCAGUGCAGAGUAA